ACAUACUAACACGCCAAUUUUCUUUAAAAGGACCCCAUCCUCUCCCACUUGCAUUGACGAUUUUUCAGCAAUCACAACUUCCCUUCCUUUUCACGUUCCUCCAUUAUUUAUUUCGCUCAUGUACUUUUCUUGAUGCAAUGAAAAAAAAAGAAAUUGCUAUAGCACUGCAAAUUCACCUUUCUUUUCUUCACGUUCUUGAUUUUUUUCUUUGGAAAUUCAAUCACAGUUCUUUGUUACCCUUUUGAGCCAUAACAAAAAGGGGCAACUUUUUCAGUUUUUUAAGCAUUAAUGGAGUGAUCGAAGUCUCCCAUUUGUGAGAAUCUGUUAUCAGAGCACUUCUCGUGCAUAUUUGAGCAUUCCCAGAGAGCAUUACAGAAGAAGUGAAGAACGCCACAGAAAGGAGGUCUCAUGGCGGUCGAGCAGAGUUAUGUUCCUGCAAAGCCCAUUUCUUCUUUGCUGGGUUCUCCAAGAAUCUUCAAAGGUUUUUCCAGUUGGACUCAACCCGACACCGAAAUUCGCAGCCCGACCUCCAUUCUUGAUGCCAAACUGUCUCUCAAUUCCGGAUGCGAAAGAACCCUGAGCCUGAGCUCUGGAAUCGGCCUAGCUGCUCUUAUUAACUCACUGGAUGAUGAUGACAAUGAUAACAAUAAUAAUAACAAUUCUGAAGAGAUUGAUCCCACUUCUCAAGCUAAAAAUGUCAGAAAGGUGCUGUUUGGAUCAAAACUCAAGGUUCAGAUCCCUCCGCCCGAUGGUUCUCUUACGACGGAUUUUGGAAUCAAAACCCCAAGGAAUAAUGCACAAUACCAUCAUCCCCAGGCCAAAAAAGAAUCUCCUCCCAAGACAGGAGAUGAUCUGUCUCUGUGUGAAAUGGAGCUCUCUGAGGACUACACAUGUGUGAUCACUCAUGGGCCAACUCCAAGAACCACCCACCUGUUUGAUGACUGCAUUGUGGAAAGCUGUUGUGGCAUUGUUAGGUUGUCUGAACUGAAAAAGGAUAACAAUGGCUUUAGAACUCAUCAUCAGCCAUCAUCUCCACCAGUGGGCUUUUGUCACACCUGCACCAACUUCAAGCUUGGAGAUGAUGAUGAUGAUGGCAAGCACAUCUACCUUCAUGGAGAAAAACUAUUGGGUGACAAUCAGUCUUGGCUCCGGCUUAGCCAAGAAACGCUCUCAGAAGAAAGUAAGGAGAUGGGGAUGGAUGAACUUUACGGUUUCCGUUGAUAUGAACUUUGUUGGUUUAAUUUUCUUGACGUCCAUUUCUUAGGUUCGUUAAAAUCUUUUUUUUUUUUUUUUUUUUUUGCCUUGAGUUUCUUUGUUGUGUUUAGCUCAAUCUCCCUUCCACCUGCAAAUAUGAUGGAUAAUUGGAUAGGGAGAAGAGGGCCAUAUGAUGGAUGUACUACUUUGUAAUCUUCUGUUGUAAUGAAGCAGUUUGAUGUGAUCAAUUAUUUCCUGGGCCUUAUUUUAUGUUUUGGCUACUCCUCUAGCACCACAUUAGUGAGGCUUUUGUUUUGUUGUGGGGCUUCAGUGGAGCUUUAUGGUGCUUGAUGGGGUGCCACAUACAUGUGCCCGUGGGUGUGAGUAAAAUGUGAGUUAUGGGGUUUGAAAGGGCUUGAACCCCAA